AUGUCGAGGCGCAAGCAGUCUAAACCACAGCACAUCAAUUCAGAAGAGCCCGGUUCGACAGAAAAUGGGGUUCUACAAGAUGGUCAAGCUGAAGAUGGGAACGAGAUAAAGAGAUGUCGAAUGGAGGAGACCAGGGUUUGUGACAAAUGCUGUGCUGAGUUCUUUGAUGAGACAGAAUUCCUUGAACAUGAGAAAACUUGCACUAAAAGUCAACAGGUAGUCAUCAUGAAGGAUGGUGAAGCGGGUGACAUUCCAUCUGAGUUUUCCCAAAGCUCUCCUGGUGAGUUCUCAAGUAAUCAUAGUGAUGAGCAGUCCAGCUGUAAUUCACAAUCAAAGCUUGGCAUGGAGGCGGUGGAAGCUGUGGAUGAAGAGCCUAAGUCAAACGGAGAUGACCCUCCAGAACAAACGCAGGUUGAGAUGUCUGCCAGUCCUGAGAGGGCCUAUAUGUCUUCAUCCAAACUGCAGGACUCAAAUGUAACACUUGAAUCCAUGCCUGCCACCAAAGUGGCUGUAACACAGCAUUCAUCUAAUUCAUCUAGUAAUUUAUCUAGUAAUAAGUCCCCAGUCCCCCAGGACACACUCAGUGCCAUCCCCAUGAUCCUUGAGCAGCUGGUGAGUUUACAGCAGCAGCAGUUGCAGCAGAUCCAGCUGACAGAGCAGAUCCGUAUCCAGGUGGCUAUGAUGGCUCCACAGAACCUCCACUCUGCAGUGGGGGCUGCAGUCGACCCCCUGAAGGCACUAGGCGCACAUCUCUCCCAGCAGUUAUCAGCCGCUGCAGCCCUCAUUGGCAAAAGAACCGGCACCCAAAGCUUGUCCCUGGAGGCUCUAAAGCAAGGCAAACUACCUCAGUCCAAUAGCAUUCCCACAUCUCUUUCUGGAAGUUUGGGGUCCAUUCCUUUGAAGGCAGAUAUGAUGAAGGGACUCCCAGACCUUGCUAGUCGACUACCAGCAUUACUUCCACAGUCUCCAGGGUCCAUGGCAUUCCAAAGUCCCUUUAAUGCCCUAGCAACAGGAAUGGAUCCCUCCAAAAAAGAGAAAAACAAGAUGAGCAUGAUAACUGACUCAAAAAAUUGUGCAGGAGAGCACAUGUUCAAACACAAAUGUAAGUUUUGUGGGAAAACAUUCGGGAAUGACAGCGCCCUUCAGAUCCAUUUGCGUUCACACACUGGGGAAAGGCCAUACAAAUGUAACAUUUGUGGAAACCGCUUCACGACAAAAGGAAACCUGAAAGUGCAUUUCCAGAGGCACAAGGAGAAAUACCCACAUAUAAAGAUGAAUCCGCAUCCUGUGCCAGAGCACUUAGACAAUAUUCCCACCAACAGUGGCAUUCCAUAUGGCAUGUCUGUGCCAAUGGAGGAAUCCAAAUUUGUUGAUAAGGCAGGACUUGGGGUACCUUCUUCUGGCCUCCACCCAUCUCUGCUGCAGGGAUUCAAGUCUUCAUUUGACAUUCCAGUGGGUAGUGAUGUCUUCUCUCAGAGACCCUCCUCAUCAGGAAGUGAUGGUGCAUCCAUUUCCUCAGGCAUGUUCAGUCAGGAGGUUGGACUGGAUCAGGGCCAGGAAUCCUCAGAUGGUCUGAGUGGCAUCCAUCACAUGAAUAGCAACAAUGUUUCAGUAGACCCAAGUUCAGGCACUGCUAAGCUCCAGCAGAUGGUGGAUGGCUUGGAGAAGAGGACAAAUGACCCAAAUGAAUGUGUGAUCUGCCAUAGGGUGCUAAGCUGUCAGAGUUCCCUCAAGAUGCAUUACCGCACACACACUGGGGAGCGUCCUUAUAAGUGUAAGAUAUGUGGCCGGGCUUUCUCCACCAAAGGUAACCUGAAGGCUCACUAUGGUGUCCACAGGGCCAACACUCCCCUUAAGAUGCAACAUUCCUGCCCUAUCUGUCAGAAGAAGUUCACUAACGCCGUGGUUCUUCAGCAGCACAUCCGUAUGCACAUGGGUGGCCAGAUUCCCAACACCCCUCUGCCAGAGAAUCAGUUUGAGAGCCCAGAGACCAUGGAUUCCAGCCUGACAGAUGAGAAAUCCAUUGACAACAGUAGACUGGAGGAAAGCAUUGAUGAACAAGACGUUGAGUUUGAUGCUCAGGAGAAGCCAAGUGACUCUUCAGAAUCUCUGGCAACUCCCAAGUCUACUUCCAAAGAUGACCAUUCUUUCAAUGGGCCCUCCAUGUUCUCAGGCAUUGCAGCCCUGGAAAACCACAUGAAAAGCAUUACCACAGCUUUAAAUCUGCAGCGUCAGAGUAGCACUGCAUCUGAGAGUGAUGGCGGCCCCAAAGAAUCACCAUUAACAGCUGGUGAGCAGGAAUAUAAGAAUGGGCACAGUCCAGCAGUUUCAGAAUCCAUGUCCUUUCUCUCCUCUUCACCAGUGGAUGGCCGUUUGGGAAGCAACCAGUCAAAAUCCCCAGAAUCAGCCAGCGCUGAUGAUGGUAUCAGAGCAGCAUCUAGACCAGACUCUGAUGCUGGACCUCAGGAUUCCAGUGAAACCAGUGGAGCACUGGACUUGACAUCAUCUAGCUUUACACCAAAAUCCAUUAAAGAGGAGCCUGGUGUCUCCUUCUCUAAUGGAGAAUAUGCAUCAGGUCAUAUGCCCUUUAUGAGGGUGCCUCCAAGUUUGGUCAAACUCGAGAUGCAGAUUCCACCAGAGAAUCCUCUGAGUGCCCAUAGUCUGUUUGGCUCCCAGACACCACAAACAACCCCUUCCAGUGCUCCAAGACGAACUGCUAAGCAGCAUUUGUGCAACACCUGUGGCAAGAACUUCUCAUCUGCUAGUGCCCUUCAGAUCCAUGAACGUACACACACGGGAGAGAAGCCUUUUGCCUGUACUAUCUGUGGAAGAGCCUUCACAACAAAAGGCAACCUUAAGGUUCAUGUUGGGACACACAUGUGGAAUAAUUCAACUAGGCGAGGCCAGCGUUUGUCACUGGACAACCCUAUGGCCCUAAUGGCAAUGGGAGCAGAAUCCAAGAUGAUCCCAGAUGUGUUGCAGCCACCAAAAGAUUUGAUCCCUCCACCAAUGAACUUCGACCCAUCUGUAUGGAACCAAUAUGCUGCUGCUUUCACAAAUGGGCUGACCAUGAAGACCAAUGAGAUUUCAGUCAUCCAAAAUGGUGGCAUUCCACUUCCGGGAAGUCUUGCAGGAGGCCCAUUGGUGGGCUCCACUGGAGGCAUGACAAAAAUGGAUGGCUCCCAGUCAGGUCUGCCUGGUUCAGUGGCUGAAAUGGAGAAGAAUGGCUCAGAGAGUGUACCAAAAUCACAAUUUCCACAUUUUAUGGAGGAAGGAAAAAUAGCAGUGAACUAG